AUGUGGAGAUGGUCAAGUCCUCGUUGGAUGGUAGCUGUUGCAGCUGCAGCAGUGGCUCUUGUUUCGGUAGAAGCUUCCGCAAAAGCCACAACCACCAAUGGUUUCAUGCCUGCCUUUCAAGUGGUCCUGGACGAUCCCGAGGAGAUUGAUUCCAUGGAGCGAGCACUCAGUUUGAUUGAGAAGUACUAUCCCCACGAAUCCUCUUCUUCCCCAAUAUCUCAUCAUGCCUUUGUUCGCAUGGCUCCGUUGGAUCUUCAAAAGGAGAUUUCUAAGUUUGUGUGGAACCGUCGAAUCAUUCGACAACACUUUCCCAACCAUAAAGUCUAUUUCGACUCCUUUCACGAAAUCUAUUGGAUGCGCCCCGAGUUUGACUUGGUCGACCCGAAGAAAAUUCACUAUGAUGGUGUAAUCAAAGUGAUGUUCCCCUUCUCGACGGUGCGUUCUUUGACCUACCUCAAAGAGACAACCAAUCCAGCAACCCUCGUGGCUCUCACCAGUCAACGCAACUUUACCACUCAUCAAGGAACAGCUAUUGUGAUCGAUUUCAAUCGAGAGCUGCAUUAUGCCGACAUGGGUGUUGCAUCGAAGACAAGCGAGGAAAAUCCAUCUUGUACCAGCAGAGAGCCACGCAUCAUGAUCAAGGCGGGAAUUCAUGUGCUUCCUAAAAAGACCAAUCCACUCAUGGCGUUUCUAUACAUUGCCCUCCAUCGAGGCACUUUCUUUGCCAUUAAAAGUGUUCGAAAUACAUUUGAAUCAUCGUCAGCAGCAACACAACAACAACAAAAACAACAAAAACCAGCAAGUAGUCUCGCUUUAAUGGCUCUGGACAACACCAUGCGAGCCCUCAACAAAAUCCACAUGGCAUUGCCACUCGUGGCGGUGGGAAUUCCAAUGGGCAUCUUUUUGACAGCCUCCAUUGCCUCUUUCAAUGUGGUCCUGCCCUAUAUUCUUCAUAUUGCUCUAGUUUGGUGGCGGAACAUUCCUCCUUCAAGAUCAGCCUAUCUUCGAUAUGUGGCCACGGCAACGAGUUUUGCCAUCCUCCAUCAUCUCAAAAAGCAAGGAGAGUUUGGUUUCUACAUGUGUGUAUUACAACUCGCUUGGAUUGGCGCUUGUUGGUACUUGGAACAAAGUGCUAACAUGGCACAUCAAAUCCUGUUUGCACCAAUUGUGGCAAUUAGCUAG